AUGAGUGAAGCCCCGCUUGAUCGCAUCCGAGAGACGGAGAGCGCGCCGCUUGAUCGCAUCCGAGAGACGGAGAGCGCGCCGCUUGAUCGCAUCCGAGAGACGGAGAGCGCGCCGCUUGAUCGCAUCCGAGAGACGGAGAGCGCGCCGCUUGAUCGCAUCCGAGAGACGGAGAGCGCGCCGCUUGAUCGCAUCCGAGAGACGGAGAGCGCGCCGCUUGAUCGCAUCCGAGAGACGGAGAGCGCGCCGCUUGAUCGCAUCCGAGAGACGGAGAGCGCGCCGCUUGAUCGCAUCCGAGAGACGGAGAGCGCGCCGCUUGAUCGCAUCCGAGAGACGGAGAGCGCGCCGCUUGAUCGCAUCCGAGAGACGGAGAGCGCGCCGCUUGAUCGCAUCCGAGAGACGGAGAGCGCGGUACCUUCUAGGAUGCGAUGA